ACGCUGCGCCCCUCGCGCCGCGCACAGAGAAUCUCGGUCAACAGUGCAGGCAGCAAACCCGCGGCAGCAGAUUGACACAGACUCACUCACAACUCUGGGUUGGUCCAGGACAUGAUAAACCAUUUCUGAGGAUUUUGCUAGUGUUGACCGUGUGGGGAAAACGUGCUGGCUUUUCUUACUGCGGAUACAGUGGAUAUGUAGUUUCUCCAACUUUAAGGAACUGUUUGGGAACUUUUUCAUUUCCGUUUUAAACUGGAUCAAUUGGAUUUACUUGGUGUGAGAACAAUGCCGGAGAGAAUCAGUAUUUCAGAUUUCGUGUCUUUGGCGAAUGAAGACAUAACGUCUCCAGGAACUUCGUGCUUUCAGUCCAGAAUAAGCGAGUGUCGGAACACGGUGACAGCGCUCGAGGAGUCUCUGGAGUUGGAUCAGAGUGCUCUUCAGAGGCUGAAGAAGACAGUGAAGGCCAUACACAACUCUGGACUAGCGCAUGUGGAGAACAAGGACCAGUAUAUAGAGGUGUUGGAGAACCUGGGGAACAGCCACCUGUGCCAGGACAAUAACGAGGUCUCCACUGGCUUCCUCAACUUGGCCGUCUUCACACGUGAGGUCACCGCACUCUUCAAAAACCUGGUGCAGAACCUGAACAACAUCCUCUCCUUCCCUCUGGAGAACGUGCUGAAGAAUGAGCUGCGGGACAGUCGACUGGAGCUGAAGAAACAGAUGGAGAAGAGCUGGAAGGACUAUGACGUCAAAGUGGGGAAGCUGGAGAGGGAGCGCAGGGAGAAGCAGAAACAGACGGGUCUGAUCAGGCUGGAGGCAGAACUCACUGAGGACAUGGAGAGAGAGAGGAGGACCUUUCAGCUGCAGAUGUGUGAGUACUUACUGAAGAUCCAGGAGCUCAAGAUCCGCCAGGGACCAGAUCUCUUGCAGAGCCUCAUCAAGUACUUCCAGGCACAGCUCACGUUUUUCCAGGACGGUUUGAAAGCUGCAGAGAACCUCAGUCCCUUUGUGGAGAAGUUGGCCACCUCUGUGCACACGGUACGUCUGGAGCAGGAUGAGGAGAUGCGGCAACUUGCCCAUUUGCGGGACUCUCUCCGGUCAGCCCUGCAGGGCGAGGGCAAAGUGGAGUACAUGAACCGUAAGAACUCGGGUCAUGGCUACAGCAUCCACCAGCCCCAGGGCAACAAGAAGUACGGCACUGAGAAGUCCGGCUUCCUCCUCAAGAAGAGUGAUGGAAUCCGAAAAGUGUGGCAGAAGCGGAAAUGUGGGGUGAAGUACGGCUGCCUGACCAUCUCUCACAGCACGAUCAACCGGCCACCGGCGAAGUUGAACCUCCUGACCUGUCAGGUGAGACCCAAUCCAGACGACAGGAGGACCUUUGACCUGGUCACACACAAUCGCACCUACCACUUCCAGGCAGAGGACGAGCAGGAGUGCAUGAUCUGGGUGUCGGUACUCCAGAACAGUAAAGAGGAGGCGUUGAACGCGGCUCUAGGUAGUGACCAGCAGGACAGUGGUCUCCAGGAGCUCUCCAGAGCGGUCAUCUCAGGCCUGCGCAACAUGCCCGGCAACGAGGCCUGCUGUGACUGCGGAGCACCAGAUCCCACCUGGCUCUCCACAAACCUAGGCAUCCUCACCUGCAUAGAAUGUUCCGGAAUCCACCGGGAGCUGGGGGUGCACUACUCCCGCAUCCAGUCGCUCACCCUGGACGUGCUCAGCACCUCCGAACUCCUGCUAGCAGUAAGCAUUGGGAACACGAGGUUCAAUGACAUCAUGGAGGUCAAUCUGCCCAAUGACACGGUGAAGCCUGUUCCUCGAAGCGACAUGACUGUGUGUGUGUACGUGUCCCGUGUAUCCCGGUCCAGACUGUGUGUGUGCCCAGAAAGGAGUAUGUGUCGCGUGUGUAUCACGGGGUCAGGGCCAUACGCAAGUGGCGAAAAGGAGCACUCGCUUGGAUGCUCCAGAACCGCCCAGGACCAGUACAGCGUCCAAGACGCGGUCAGGCUGACCCUGACCGCCCUCCCGCAGCUCACGGUGGGGAGGACCUGGCCAAACCCACCGCGCACUGCCCAGGGACAGGACCUGAGAGAAACGGCUCUUCAUCUGGCGGUGAGGAUGGCAGACCGGAGUUCUCUGGCUCUGGUGGACUUCCUGACUCAGAACAGUGGAUGUCUGGAGAAGAGGACCGUAGAGGGAAACACAGCUCUGCAUUACUGCGCUCUCCACAAUAAGACUGAGUGUCUCAAGCUGCUUCUGAAAGGAAAGGCUGUACUCACGACAGGGGUGAGACUACAGCACACCCACUGCAUAGAACUGCUGGAGCUGGCCCACAGUGGGAAGUUUAACUCUCAGAUCCACGUGGAGUACACCUGGGAGAUGCCACAGGAGCUCAUGUACGACAGUGAGGACGACCUGGACGAGAGGGUGAACCCUCACUCCAGGGGCGGCCUGCGCUCUCCACUGCCCCCUAAUGGCCACAGUCCAAACUCCCCCUCGCGCUGGAACUUCAGCAGCACCAGCGUGGCCAAUAAGACCUAUGAGAACGUGGACUUCCUGUACUGCAACCCGCCGGCCAACAGUGCGCCCACAGGCACCAUGCCACCACCACUGCCAGCCAAGUCCAUCCAAAGAGGUCGCUCCGACCCCCAGAUCUCCGUGUCGGUGAUGGAGGGGGCGAACAUCCCCAUGCGCCUCUCCUCAUCCCAGCGGCACGGGACCCCCUCCCCGCGGGCCGACCCCCAGCCGGUCGUGAGGAUGCAGCGGCCCCCACACGGGGGCGGGGUCAGGGCCCAGAGGCAGACCAUGUCCUGGGACGGGCAGCCACCCAAUGGGGCGGCCAGCAUGGCCACCACGGAACCCAAGAGCACCUCACCGCAGAACCACCUCGGACCCAUCAGCUCUGAGAAGACCACGUCGUAUCGGCGGACGAGUAGCGGGGGUCAGGGGAAGGGCGGCGUGCCCAGCUGUGCGGGCAGCCAGGAGGAGCUCUACUGCAGCCUGGUGACCAGCGUCCAGCCCGGCACCCCCACGCCCACCCCCACGCCCACCGCCACUGCACCUAUAUGCCUGCCCCCCCCACCACGCACGCGCAGGAACGCCAUGGUGUCCCAGAUAAAGCCACGGCUGAAGAAGGUGAGGGCCCUGGUGGACUGCAGGGCGGUCAGCUCUGACCAGCUGGCCUUCUUCAAGGAUGAGGUCAUCAUUGUCACAGCAACCGAUGACCCCCACUGGUGGGUUGGCCACAUUGAUGGAGAUGCAUCGAGAAGUGGAAUAUUUCCCGUCAACUACGUGCACAAGCUGGGGGAGUGGUCCACCAGGGACUCCUGAAGGACCAAUAAGCUACCGUCUCUUUGGGAUGCAGCCACCCGCUGUACCAAUCAGAGAGAAGAACAUUUGUAAAGCCACUUAUGUCCAAAACUCAUACUGAUUGAACCACAUUUUUGCGACUCUUUGAAUCCGUUAUGGAUGGACUGACGGACGGAUGGAUGGAUGGAUGGAGGGAUUGUUUUCGGACCAGCAGCUACGCUACAUUAGCCCUGUAGAACACUGCUGUGGUCACUGAACAGAGGAUGGCUGGAAAGCUCAGUCCCUCAAAGUGCUUCUCCCCACCACUCUUAGACACAGCAGCACUUAACAUCCAGCCAGACGUAUGAUCAGACCAGGACAGGAGCAGCCUCGCUAGACUACACGUCAUCAACACAAGACUAUGAACCAGUUUGCUCAGUGUGUGUGUGUGUAUGUGUGUGUGUGUGUCAGGAAUGUGUGUGUGUGUGUGUGUGUGUGUGUGU